GUGAGAAGGAGCAAAACAUUUUGGUUCAUGUUUCAGACCAUUUUCAGCAUCAGCGGGACUGGAUGAGAGUCUCUACUGUUACAGCACACUGUGUGUAAAGCCUGAAACAGUUAUACGGCCAGGAAAGAGGAAGUUACUGUGGGCAGGGGCCGUACACGAGGCUGUAGCUGCGGCCAUGGUUAAACCAGAGGACUCCCACACCGUGGAGAAACCGUGGAAGUGUUGCAACUGCGGGAGUGGCUUCCAUGCCCCAUCUGUCCUGGAGAUUCAUCGGCGAAGUCACACCGGGGAGAGGCCAUUCUCCUGCCCCGAGUGUGGGAAAGGCUUUACCUGCUCCUCCCACCUGCUGGACCACCGCCGAGUUCACACUGGGGAGAAGCCAUUCUCCUGCCCUGAGUGUGGGAAGGGCUUCACCUACUCCUCCCACCUGCUGGCCCACCAGCGCGUCCACGCUGGGGAAAGGCCCUUCCCCUGCUCUGAGUGUGGGAAGACCUUCAGCAAAUCCUCGGACCUGCUGAAGCACCAAAGGGUCCACAGGGAGAGAGGCCAUUCAGCUGCCCUGAGUGCGGGAAGGCCUUCAGUGAUUCCUCUACCCUGCUGAGGCACCAGUGGGUCCACA